AACGCAGAGCGGAAGAAAACCGAUGGUGCUGUUAUGAGUCAUUUCUUCAUUAUUUCUAGUAAAUGAAGUACUUCCCUUUCAGCCUGUCUGUCUUAGACUCACUUCAACACUUCAUGCAAGACUCUUGUCAGCUCCACAAUGUUUUUGAUGAUGUGAAGAUACGCGGUUGAAUAAAAACAUUGAAGCUGAGUGAUGGCGGUAGUCUGGAUCCUCCUCUGGUCAGUUAUCACCUGUCUGGCUCUCCUGACUGCUGUCCAGGAAAGCAGCAGCUCACCAAGCGAUCCAGCACUGCUGAAGUCCUUAGAGUGUCACAACAACUACAAAUCCCACGUUCACUGUAAGUGGAGGAGACAAGAGAAAUCCGACCUGCAGCUGUGGUUUAAAACAGACACCAACAGUGAGCCAUGCGUGCCGUCUGAUGCUCCACAUGAUCCCAGAUUUGUCCACUGCACAUAUAAGACGUCAUUGUUUUCUAUUGCCAUCAAACACACCGUCUUCUUCACCAAAAACCAGACGUCGAGCGUCCUCCCAGCUGGUCUCAAGUCUGUGGCUCACCUGCAGGAAUUGAGAGCGCUCUCGCCUUUGAACUUAUCCUCACAUGAGGUAGGUGACGGAGACCGACGUCUGCAAUGGCUGAGUCCAUACCCUUCCUCCUCCUCCCUGAAACUCAAAUAUCGGCUCAGCUACAGGGUGGAGACUGAAGAUCACUGGACGGAGGUUGUGAAUCUCACUGAGACAAGUGCGACACUUGAGCGUUCGUCUUUGCUUGAAGGACGCAGAUAUGAAGCCAGGGUCCAGGCUCAUGCUGGUGUGGGCCAGUGGAGCAACUGGAGUCCUGUAGUGACUUGGACGACUCAAGACAGUAACUCCAGGCAGUUUCCCAGGUUGCAUUGUGUUCUGGAGGGAGAAAAAGAAGUGUUGUGCAGCUGGGAGGUGAGCGCAGAUCUGGCGCCCAUCAUCACCUACAAGCUUUGUUGUCGACAAAAGCAGACCGAUUGUUUUAAAGGAUGCUGCCCGAACCCAAGGGUGACCUCUGACCUCAGCGGGAAGGAACAGUACAGCUGCUUGCUGUCCGUGUCAGAGCCUGAACAUCUGCGGCUGGACCUUCUGCCAGUACACAGAGUCAAAACCUUUAAAGUCCACCAACACAUUCAACCCAGCCCUCCACAGCAGGUGAAAGUGAAGGAAAAGGACAAAAACUGGAUCGUUGAAUGGACCGAGUCCGCCUCAGCAGCUGAUGUCAGACUGUCCUACCAAAUCCGUUAUUACAAGACACAGGAUGAGGGGUCUUCUGUGCUGCACAACAUUUCAGAGGGGUCCACAUCCAUGUCCAUCCUGGGAGACUCUCUUUCUCCACUUCAGGAUUACCAGGUUCAGGUCAGGUCACUGGUCGUCCCUGGGGAGGGCUCUCACUACAAAGGAAUCCCCUCCGAAUGGACAAUUCCUGUGACAUGGACCUCAAAACAAGCCUCUUGGUCAUUCUCCACCCUGAUCUACAUCCUCAUUGGUGCUAUUGUUGCCAUGGUCUUCCUAAUUCUCUACUGCACUCUUCCAGCUUGUCAAAGGAAAAUAAUGGUGUGGAAGGAAUCGCUUCCGUCUCCAGGCAAGAGCAAAACUCUGUGUAAGAUUAUGUCACCUACCUGUCAGCUCAUCAUGCAAAAUGAGAAGACUUGCAUCUGCAAAGUGGAACACCUUGACUCCGUUUCGACUUGUUCUUCAGAAACUCAUCUGUGGCCCUCAAAGACUAUAGAGAAAGGUGUGGAUCAGAACAGAGAAAGCUGGCGUGGAGAUGAUCUGAUCUGCUGUGCUGACAAAAUGAACAGCUAUGAAACGUCAUCUAUGAGCUUCAUUGGGCCUUACAUCCUCUGUCAGGGAUCUGCAUCAACGUCCAGUUCAGCGAAGAUGAAGACGGACCAUGGAGACCAAGAGACUUUGUUAGAGUUCUCUUCAUUUCCUCCAAGGGUGCAUUUUCCUGUAAAAGGUGACGAAUAUGUGUCUCUACCCAACAAGGGCAUCUCAAGGUCCACAGAAGAUCUCACAUUUCACAGCAAUCCGAACUCAGAAUGGCACAGACAUGCUGAGCAGCCCCAACAAUGCUCAGAUACUACACUGUGGCAUGUUCUGUCAAAUGAGCAGCUCAUCAGCAGUCAGCCUCCUGAAUACACCUCAAGUCCCUUCUCUCCCUGGCCUGAAGAGGGAACCAUUACACAAUCAGGAUACUGCCACCUCCCUGCAGCGUUUAUGACAGCAGCAAAAUAAGAAACAGCAAAAUUCAAGGUCUUUGUCAUUGCAUCGUUAAACAUAAAGAACAGACCGAGGUAGAUAAAUAACACACGGGGAACCACCAAUUCUAAACAUAUAUACUAACAUUCAUUUAAAAGUUGCACACUUUAUGUAAGCUUAUUAUCCUAAUAUAUAUAUAUAUAUAUAUAUAUAUAUAUAUAUAUAUAUAUAUAUAUAAAUACAAUACAAAUAUAUAAAUGUGUACAUACGUUUAGCUUGUAAGCUUUACAUUGCUGUUGGAACUGCUUUGGUGAGAUGUAUAAGUUGUUUUGUUUAUAUAGUUUGGCUCUUUGGAUCAGGAUCUCAAAUAAAGAGUGUCACAAGUCUUU